ACGGGAGGACGGGAGGAGGAAACAUUUUCCAAUCAUUUUGUAUGUUUUCACGUUCUCUUUUUCUUUUAAUCUUCCCCCCUCCUCUCUUCCCUCUUGGGUAAUAUUUCUUUUCUUUGUUGAUAGUCUGGCUUCUCGACCACGGCGAUAUGUUAUGGACCCCAUGGCCGACGUCUGUUCCUACCGUUCUCUUCGUCUGCGCUCUGCUGGCCUGGUGGUUUAUUGAGCCCAAGACGACCCAUCUAAACCUGAUAGUUGUCAUCGGUUGCGUCCUCUUCUACUGGGCUGUGGCACCCGAGCUAGCCCAGGCGACACCCUAUCAGAUCUACCAGUUCAGCAUCCACGCCGCCAAAAUCUUACGACUCGACGUUUUGGUCUUCUAUCAUACUAAUAUGCUUGUCACCGGCAUAGCUGUUGCGUGGUUAGCCCACCGAGCUGUCCAGACCUUAAGAAAGUCUGUCAACGAACUCAUCGGUGUCCUUGGUGUCGAGGUGCCCGACGCUCCUGAUGUCUCGUUAGCAGGGAUUCGUGCCGAUGCUGCCACGCUCAACUGGACACGCCCGCUGCCUACCCGACCUGUUGCGAAGUUCACGAUACAAGUCAAUGGCGUCAAUGUUGGCGAUUCCGCAAACCAAGAGACGGCUAUUACGGUCACGGGCCUAAAGCCAAAUCACUUUUACAACGUGAGGGUCAUUGCUGUUGGGUAUAACAAUUUCCAAGCGGGUAGUCGCGUGAUACGCCUACGAACAUACGGGAGAGAUGGUCGUCCUCAACUCGGAGACGGUCGUCUGCCGUCCAACUUUGUUCCCGAAGAGCAGCAGCUAGCUAUGCCCAGCGAUCACGGGGAUGAAGAUGGAGCUACCAGGGGCUCUGCUGCUGGCGUGGAAACAGCCUCUGUUCCGGAUAACCCCGUAGUAUCUAUACGGGAAGCUAACCCAGUCGUUCUGACCGGCCCAAGACGAAAUACUCUAACACGCAAGCAUUCGCCUUCUACGACUAGUAUAGAUCAAUCUAUCAAAGAUGCCCUGAGUAAAGAUUCGGAGGAGUCGCUGCAGGAGCUAGGAGAAAAAUUUGAGAGUAUCCGAAAAGAGAUUGACGAGACGCAAGCGCAGAUUGCCAAGGAUGAGAAAGAGCACAAGGAAUUGAUAGAUGAGUUGGCGGAAGAGAAAAAGACAAAGAGGCGCAUACAGAAGGAGAAGGACGACACGACUGAAAAAUUGAAGAGGGAAAUGGGCUCGACGGAACGUGCUAUGAGGAGCGCACAGCAACGGAAAUCCCAGAAGGAAAAGUUACUAAAGGAAAAGCAGGCCGAGCGACAAAAGCUUCAUGAUGAUAUAGCAAAAUGGGAGAAGGAUAUUGCCUCGAUGCAAAAACGCCAAAGCGCUUUUGAAAAAGACCGGGAUAUUUGUCAAAAGGAAGGCGAUGGCCGAGCUAAAGAGCUACGUGCUGAGAUUACCCAAGCGCAGGCGAGCCUAGCCCAGGAAGAGAUGGAACUCAAGGAAAAGAGCAAGGAGCUAAAAGAGGCAGAGGAGCAGAGGAAGAAAUUGCCUGGUGGAGAGGAGAGCGAGGAAUGGCGUGAGAAAGACCGUCAGAUUAGGAGAGAUUGGGAAAUCCGAGCCAGGGACUUGCAACGACGGCUCUACGCUGCCAACAGGAAACUACGGAUGGUUACCGAUUACGAAAAUGUACUCCAGGCCCAGUUAGCAGCGGCGCAACAGUCCGGUCUUCCUUUCAUGUACAAUCAGGCAAAUUCGUCAGGGGUUGAUUUCGACUUAGGGUCGCAAAACCAGCUUAAACGGCGAAGCCGGAACAGCAAUUCGCUCUCCAACGUAGCCAUGCCGUCGCCCGUUUUAUCGUUUCCAAUGGCGGAUCGGCAAUACGGACCGCCAACCACGUUUGGACCCUCCCGACCUCCUACCAUUCCUCCCGGGUUCGCCCAAGGCCCGUACAUAGAACAUAAUCCCGACUUCUCCGGCCCACCCGACGAAGAACGCUUGCGACAACUUACCGGUGGUGCACCGCUCAGUCCUACGGCAACUUCCCUGUUACCUGCGGGAAUGCUUGAUGAUCUUGUGGACGAUGAGCCCCCCAGUCCCAACUCUCGACCGUCACGACAGAAUACAUUUGGCUCGGCAUUUUCUCCUGAGAACAACCCCCAGUCGCCUACUUCAUCGACCCGCUCACUUAGUAUUUUCUCUAGCCCGCAAGGCUCCUCUCACCAUUUACCAUUCUCUCAGUAUACCGGUGAAAAUAGUGAGCGUCGAUCGCUCAAGGGAAUUAGAGAGCUCAACGCAACAUCAUCGCCCAUUCCUCCGCCGCCUCAAUCUACAAACAGGCGGAGCUUCUUACCAUGGCUUCACCGCGGCCCUAAGACAGUCGAUGAACCACCAGCUCUAGGGUCUUUGAAAUCUGUCCAGACACAAUCAUUACCUCGUUCAGCAGAAGAUGGAGACGCUAUUCCGACUAGGCGACGAAUUAGUCUUUCGUCUGGUUGGAAUGUGUUCAAUCGGAACUCUACGGGAUCGGAAAUCCUAGACACAGGCAGCCCCAGCGCGAGAAGUCUACAUUCGCACCGAUUUGGCCUCGCCGCGAACGCUCCUAGUAUCGGAAGUAACAUAUUUUCCGAGCGCGAUCCAAGCAGCCCUAGACCUGUUUCUAUCGCUUCAUCCGAAUUACCCCGUCCUUCUACCGAGAACUCUUCUAUUUGGGCCCGGGGUCCUCAACAUAGUCGACUCUGGUCUGCCGAUGACAGUCCGUGGGCAGCCUCACGGAAUCCGUCUAGGCGACCUUCCAUCCAUGGCUCACCGUCUGCACUAAAAACCACCCUAGCUGACGCCGAUGACGAAAUUCUCGACGACUCUGAAUUAUUACACGCGUUGCCUAGCCAGGUGGGAGUCAUUGGCACCAAGCCAUCCUCUAAGACGCUCAGUCAACGUCUCAAUCCUGCUGCGCCUACCUUUAUGGCGGGUUUAUUCCGUACCAAACUUGAUAAAGAAAAAGAAUCGGAUAAGGAUUUGAGGGACGCGAAAGAUAAAGGAAAAGGUAAAGCUAAAGAUAGGGACUUGGCUAAGGAGAAGAGACCUCGUGUUUCCUUAUCGUCAGCGUCCGAAGCUGCGGCGCCUUCCGUAGAUGAGUCGCCAUCAGAGUCCCGCAAAUCCCGCGACGCAUUCAGCAUUGGUACACCAUCCGUCACCGAAUCGCGCGAGUCGCUCACUUUAGAUCAGCCGCUCUCUAACACUCUUUCUGACCAAGCAUUCGCUUUUGGGAAUAAAGACCAGGAAAGCGGGUUUAGAAAACUACUGCGUAAGGGGAGCUCUUCGAAAUUUAGCUUUACAUCAUCGGUACGCGGUCUGGGCGCUAAGAAGGGCCCAAGCAGCGUCACCAACUCGGAUAAAAACGCAUCAGUCGAACGCAGCAGCUUCGACGAAUAUGCGGAAGACAGCAGUGGUGGCGGCCCUGGAUUAACGCUUGGUUGCAGCUAUGACAGCCUCCAUAGCAGCCCAUCUCUGGGACCCACGAGCGCGAGCAGACAUGCUAAAGACAAGUCAGUCAGCUGGGGUUCUCGGUUCACGAUUAAGAAAAAGACGGGUAAAGAAAAGGAGAGUCUGGACCUGGAGAGAGAAGAGUCUGCGCCGAAUACACCUGUACUAGAGUAAGCUGUUAGGUGAUGGCGGUUAUGUGAUUUUGACGGUCGGGGAAAAGCGGAUAUUGCGACAAACCAUAGCUACAAAAUUCGUCAGCGUCCGAACUAUUUAUUCUAAGGAUCUACAAAAUAAAUGCUCACGCGUGAUGACAUAUAAGCGAAAAUAUAUAGUAUUAUCUAUCCUCUUAUAUAACUAAGACCUAAGAGCACGAACUUAGCUAAAUUAUUUAUUGUCUCUUAAUUGCAUAUUUAUGGAUGGUCC